AUGGCUCCCGUUACCAAGGAGACCGAUUACCUCGUCAUUGGCGGUGGUAGUGGAGGACUUGCCUCUGCGCGCAUGGCCAGCAACAAGUUUGGCAUCAAAGCUACCAUUGUCGAGAACAAGCGACUUGGUGGAACUUGUGUCAACGUUGGCUGUGUGCCAAAGAAGGUUACUUACAACGCUGCCGCCCUUGCCGAGGCCAUCCACGAUUCCAAGGCCUAUGGCUUCUCCGUCCAGGAGACAGCUCCCUUCGACUGGUCCACCUUCAAGACCAAGCGUGACGCUUACAUCAAGCGCCUGAACGGUAUCUACGAGCGAAACCUCAACAACGACAAGGUCGAUUACGUACACGGUUGGGCCCGCCUCACCUCUAAGAACCAGGCCGAGGUCACACUCGACGACAACUCCAAAGUUCUGAUCAACGCCAAGAAGAUUCUUGUCGCUGUUGGAGGCAAGCCCACCAUCCCCCCCGAGAUUCCCGGCUCCGAGUACGGAACCAACAGUGAUGGUUUCUUCGACAUUUCCACACAGCCCAAGAAGGUCGCCAUUGUCGGUGCGGGUUACAUCGCUGUCGAGUUCGCUGGCAUGUUCAACGCCCUUGGCACGGAGACUCACCUCUUCAUCCGUCAUGACACCUUCCUCCGCAACUUCGACCCCAUGAUCCAAGAGGCGGUUACUAAGGAGUACGGGAGACUCGGUGUUAAGCUUCACAAGCGUUCGCAGGCCAGCAAGAUCGAGAAGGACGCCAACGGCAAGCUUACCGUCACAUACAAGGACGACCAAGGCAACGAGAGCGUUGUCAGCGAUGUCGACAACCUGAUCUGGGCUAUCGGCCGAACCCCUGAGACCAAGGGCAUCGGCCUGGAGGAGGCUGGAGUCAAGCUUGCCAAGUCAGGACACAUUAUUGUCGAUGAAUAUCAAAACACCGAUGUCGACAGCAUCUACGCUCUUGGUGAUGUUACCGGCGAAGUUGAGUUGACACCUGUUGCCAUCGCUGCUGGACGCCGUCUCGCGCACCGUCUGUUCGGUGGUGCCGAGUUUUCCACCCUGAAGCUCGACUACAGCAACAUUCCCUCCGUUGUAUUCUCUCACCCCGAGGUCGGUAGCAUUGGCUUGACAGAGCCCGAGGCUAUCGAGAAGUACGGCAAGGACAACAUCAAGGUCUACAAGACAAGCUUCACAGCCAUGUACUAUGCCAUGAUGGAGCCCGAGCAGAAGGGCCCUACCAGCUACAAGCUUAUUACGACUGGACCCGAGGAGAAGGUUGUUGGUCUGCACAUUAUGGGAAUUGGCAGCGGUGAGAUGCUGCAGGGCUUUGGUGUCGCUAUCAAAAUGGGUGCCACAAAGGCCGACUUUGACAGCUGCGUUGCUAUUCAUCCUACCAGCGCCGAAGAGAUUGUGACAUUGAAAUAG